CGACCGGCCCGACAGUAAACAGUAACCGGUGGUGUAAACCACAACAAGGACAGCAACGACGACGCACGCGGGAGAGGGGUGGGGGUGGGGGGAGAGGCAUCGCCCCGCAAUAACAACGACGACGGCCUCGGCACCAACCACCACCGAGGCACGAACCUGUCGCGAUUCCGCCGACGACCUCGCGCGCGCGGGCGGGCCUCCCCUCCCCCUGGAGCUGGAUCUGACCCCUCGUCGCGUACCCGCGUGAUUCUUCUCCCCCGCCGACCCCGAGCCCCAGCGAUUCCUCCUCGCGGUGUUUGCCGAGGCGGUCAAUGCGCGAGGGGAGAUGAGCGGCGGCGAGGAGGAGGAGGACGAGGACGAGGAGGUGUUCUACGAGUCGCGGGACCGGGUCCUCUCCUCCUCCGGCUCCUCCACCUCCGCCUCGGACGACGAUGACCACGCGCAGCAGCAGCAGCGACGCCGACGGGACGCCCACCCGCCUGCGGCGGCCGCGGCAACGGCGGCGCUCGACCUGUGGACGUCGCAGCCGGCGCCCGUGCAGGAGCGCCGCAGGAGGCUCCUCCAGACGAUGGGGCUCGCCGGGGACCCCUCCCUCGCGCGCCUCGAGAUGGGCCGAUCGGUCUCCUACGACGGGCCCGUCCCCGUCCCCCCGCCCACGCUCUCGCCCAUGCCCCGAUCCAGAUCGGACGGCGCCGUGCCAGCCUCCACCAAGCCGCCGAGAGGGGGCCGCACGUCGUCGGGCUCCUCCGAGGCCAUGCCGGAGGACGAGGCGGACCCCAGGUGCCUAAUCCGGAACCUCGACGACGGCACCGAGUUCGUCGUCAAGGAAGAGUUUGAGCUCCGCGAGGUCGGCACGGGCCGCCAGCUCACCCUGGAGCAGUUCCAGCUCUGCGUCGGCCGCUCCCCCAUCGUGCAGGAGCUCAUGCGCCGCCAGAACAUUGCAAACCACGGCGCCUCCACUCCCAUCCACAGGUCCAGCUCCGACUCCAGCAACGGCGCGGCCCGGCCCAGGCGCCGCAUUAGCUGGCUUCGUACCAUCCGCCACGUCGCUGGCUCUAUGGUGGCCGGCUCCCGUGACCGCCGAAGCAGCGACGAGAAGGACGCGUCAUCGGAGAAGGGCGGACGCCGGUCCAGCUCAGCCACGGAUGACAGCCAGGAUAGUGCCGGCGCCGUGCACCAUGGCCCAGAGCGCAUUAAGGUGCGGCUGUACGGCAAGUCGUACAAGGAGCUCAGUGGGCUGUUCAUGAACCAGGAGGUACGGGCGCACGACGGGUCUAUCUGGAGUAUCAAGUUUAGCCCCGAUGGGCGCUACCUUGCAAGUGCUGGGGUGGACUGUGUGAUCCAUGUCUGGGAAGUGUUGGAGUUUGAAAGGAGACGAGAGGAGAAUGGGGUGUCUAAUCCAUUUGUUGCAGUGAUGUGCAAUGGUUCGCCAGAGCCGACAUUGGCCUUGGCCACUGUGGAUGGGAGCCAUUGGGAUAAGAAACUCCGGGCGAGGGUCUCGCAAUGUCGGAAAUCAAGUAGCUCAGACCGGUUGAUGGUGCCAGAGCAUGUGUUUGGACUGUCGGAAAAACCGGUCAAAACUUUUGAGGGGCAUUCAGAGGAUGUUCUUGAUCUAUGCUGGUCCAAGUCACAGUACUUGCUUUCGUCUUCAAUGGACAAAACAGUAAAGUUAUGGGACAUGUCAAGUGUAUCAUGUUUGAAAACGUUCUCACACUGUGACUAUGUGACAUGCAUCCAGUUCAACCCUGUCGAUGAUAGAUACUUCAUUAGUGGUUCUCUCGAUGAAAAGGUCCGCAUCUGGAGCAUUCCAAAACGUGAAAUUGUUGAUUGGCAUGAUCUGCAUGAAAUGGUCACUGCUGCUUGCUAUACCCCUGAUGGACAGAGUGCGUUAGUUGGUUCCCACAAGGGCAGCUGUCAUCUUUAUGACACAUCGGAUAAUAAGCUUAUCCAAAAGAAACAAAUUGACUUGCAAACUAAAAAGAAGAAGUCCCGCCAGAAGAAGAUCACUGGAUUUCAGUUACUUGAACAGUUCCUUCCAGGCAGUUCUUCGAAGGUGCUCAUCACAUCUGCCGAUUCACGGAUCCGAGUUAUUGAUGAUUUUGAACUAGUUCACAAAUUUAAAGGUUUCCGAAACACCAACAGCCAAAUCUCAGCUUGCUACGCUGCAAGAGGCAGAUACGUGAUCUCAGCAAGCGAGAACUCCCAUGUGUACGUGUGGAGAAACGACGACAGCCCUGAGCAAAGAAGCAGCAGCAGCAAGGGCGUCGUGUCUGUCGCAAACUCCUACGAGUACUUCUACUGCCGGGACGUGACGGUGGCCGCUGCCUUGCCAUCCACGGCGGGGUCAGCGGCGACGUCCCGGACCAACUCCAGGAGGAAGCACCAGGAGCUGGAUUGUGUGUCCGAGUAUCCUCUGCCGCACGCAGGAGACGGAGAUUCCUCUGAUUUCCAGCGGCAGCAGAGCCGCAAUGACCUAAGCAACGGUUCGAACCACAGCGGCGGUGACAGAGCGUCUGCUACCUGGCCCGAGGAGCUCAUGACGCCGACGAAACAGAGCCCGCGGUCCAGCACCAGUCUCCCCGACGGUGACGGUGCCGGGCAGGCCCCAAGCCGGUCGGCCUGGGGCAUGGCCAUCGCCACGGCAGGCAGCGGGGGUCAGAUCAGGAUACUCCAGAAUUUUGGGUUUCCCGUCAGAGUAUAGUAGCAGCCCUGCUAGGGGGGUGGUGAUUUUUGUGUGUAAAUAGGUGGGAGAUGCGGCUGGUUUGCUGUUAGCGGUCUUCGAGUUACGUGCGAAUGCGAUUGGGUUUGGCUGAUGCGUGCUUACUCGACUAACGACGACGGCCUUGUUCGUUUGUACGCCUGCAUGAGAGUGGAUCCCCAGAGAGCGCCUGCCCCGGCUGGAGUGAAAUCUCUCGCCACACCCAUUUGUAGUAGCAUCUGUUUUUCCACUCUUGUCCGCUCCGGCUCUCCGCUCAAUUCUUUAGUUCCCUUGUGUGUGUGUGUGUGUGUGUGUUUACCCUGCCUGACAUAUUCUUGUAAGGAAAAGAAACCCUCAGGUGUAUACAUACAUACAGAUAGAAAAGCGAAAAAUGAGUUUUCUUA